ACACAGCGUGACAAAGGCUACUUAAUACUAGCUUCCGAAGAGAUUAAUUCAGGGUCCGAUCCUUCUGAAUUAGCUUGUACAGCAAGCAUGUCAAUCGAUAGAGAUGCAGUUGAAUAUAAUAUGCGACACAAAAAUCGUGGAUUGGCAUUAAUAUUUAAUCAUGAGAAUUUCGAUGUACCGACAUUAGAACCUCGUACAGGUACAAAUGUGGAUUGUGAAAAUUUAACACAGGUCCUUAAAAAGCUGGAUUUUGAUGUGAAUGUGUUCAAGGAUUGUAGACUGAAUGAGUUAAAGCAGCAAUUAGUAAGUGCUUCACAGAAGGAUCAUAGCGAAAAUGAUUGCAUUUUGGUUGCGAUAUUGUCGCAUGGCGAACAUGGUUAUAUAUACGCAAAGGAUGUACAAUAUAAAUUAGAUGCAAUUUGGUCUUACUUUACACCACAAAAAUGCCCCAGUUUGGCUGGUAAACCGAAACUAUUCUUCAUACAAGCUUGUCAAGGAGAUGAAUGUGAUCCAGGUGUCACUUUGAACCGUCGCACCGAAACCGAUGGUGAUUCAUCAAUGAGUUAUAAAAUUCCUUUACAUGCAGAUUUUUUGAUUGCUCACUCAACCAUGCCGGGAUUUUGCUCUUUUCGUUGUCCAAUGCAAGGAUCUUGGUUUAUACAUGCACUUUGCACCGAGUUGGAAAUGAAUGGCAAACGUUUGGAUAUGUUUACAUUAUUGACAUUUGUAUGCCGAAGAGUCGCUGUAGACUAUCAGUCCUAUGCGCCGGAUACUCCAAAAAAGCAUGAGCAAAAGCAGAUACCAUGCAUUACUUCAAGGUUAAUGCGCAUCUUACGUUUCCGGGAGAAGCGAGCAUUGCAGUAAACCAGAAAAUAUUUUUUUCAUGUUAAAUUUUGAAAUCUAUUUACAUUCAUGAAGCAUUAACACAUUUAAUCUUUUAAUUGCUGAUAUAUUUGUUUUAUGUGUGUAUCUUGAUUUAAUAUAUUGGAAUAUUAAUACGCAAUUGGUUUUUGUUUUGAUUUAUUUUAUUCAGCAUUAUCUCUCGCUAAAUUUUACAUGUCUCGAUAAUUUACGAAAUAUUUAUCACAGUAAAAUAAUAUUACAAUUAAAUAAAUACUUAAAAUAUUGCUUUUUAUAUAAUAGAAACGAAAGGAAAUUGACUAUUUGAAAUCAAAAAGUUUGUUAAAGCAUUUGUGUAUCGUAUUUAUAUUGAAUAAAUCACAAAUAUAAAAACACA